AUUUUCUUUUAGUUUUUUUCACUGUUUUAUGUUUUGCUUAUGUGAGUUGAUUUCUACAGAUUCACUUAUUCAGUUAUUUAUGUAUAUCAUAUACACAUUUUUAUUUUGUCUACAUAUAUUUUUAUCUCCUGUACUGUGUCCGCAGUCUCUGGUCAUCUCCUGUACUGUCCGCAGUCUCUGGUCAUCUCCUGUACUGUCCGCAGUCUCUGGUCAUCUCCUGUACUGUGUCUGCAGUCUCUGGUCAUCUCCUGUACUGUCCGCAGUCUCUGGUCAUCUCCUGUACUGUCCGCAGUCUCUGGUCAUC